UCAGAUGGUACAUGAAGGCAGCACGGGUGACGGUGUGUAGGGAACUCCCAGAUUCUCCAGUCACACACCGCCUACCCAUGAAAACACCGGAGAGACCCACAGAGGGACGUGAGCUACAUUGCGGUGUUAGCCUCUACUAUUUGAAGAGAAGUCCUUCAACAUUUCCACAGCAAGGGGUGCAGCGUGAGGGGGAAGAGCUGAUGAGGUGAAGAAAGCCAAAGGAGGCCACUGUGGUUUGCCUGCUCUCUCUCGGCCCUGAUUCUGAGUGACCGCUGCUCACUUCCUCCCGCGUUUCACUUCGAGAGGAGGCUUGGCUCCCUCUGGGUGCAAGAAACACCAUGUGCCAAAACUGGAGAGGAUUUACCACUGCCCCAUAGUCCGCCAAGCCUCUCGUGAACCCUCCCUUCUAGUCUUGAGGACCCUCCUGAUCCCCCACAUUGCCCACUGGCCAAGAUGAAGAAGGUGGCAGCAUGGUCUGCAGAAGAUGUCUAUGACUGGCUGAGCAAAGAGGGGAUGCUGGAGUACAUCGACGCCCUCCGUCAGACGGACGGUCCCGGUGUGCUCAGGCUCAACGAGGCAGAUUUCCACAGGCCCCCCCUGUCGCUCGUGUCGUCUGACGGCGGGCAGCAGCUGUUGGAGCGACUGGAGACGCUGCGGAUAGAGACUCACAUAGAGGAUCACAAAAACGGCCACGCAAACGGCCACGCUGGGGGGCUACCUAACGGGACUAGCAAGCCUCAGAGGAACGGCAUGAAGGACUACAGGAUGGAGAUGGUCCACAUCCCCAUCCCUACGAAGGAAACCACGCGGCCCUCCUUCCCGACCGAGUGGGGGAAGACGGGCAUAGCGUUCGCCUACGCAGUGGUGUGCUUUGUUACCACCACCAUCGUAAUUUCAGUGGUCCACGAGAGAGUACCGCCAAAGGAGCACACCCCCCCGCUGCCCGAUAAGUUCUUUGACCUGUUCAACAGGGUGGAGUGGGCCUUCUCCAUCUGUGAGAUUAACGGCAUGCUGCUGGUGGGACUCUGGCUGAUACAGUGGAUUCUACUUAAGCACAGGUCAAUUAUAGGCAGGCGAUUCUUCUUCAUUGUUGGCACACUCUAUCUGUACCGGUGUAUUACAAUGUACAUCACCACUCUGCCUGUUCCCGGGAUGCACUUCAAAUGCUCUCCAAAGCUUCUCGGGAACUGGGAGGCGCAGAUGAGGAGAAUAAUGAAGAUGAUUGCUGGUGGGGGCCUCUCCAUCACAGGGUCCCACACCAUGUGUGGAGAUUAUCUGUACAGUGGCCACACAGUCAUGCUAACGCUAACAUACCUCUUCAUCAAGGAGUAUUCCCCCAAGCGGUUCUGGUGGUACCACUGGUUCUGCUGGAGCUUGAGCGCUGUUGGAAUUUUCUGCAUCCUCCUGGCCCAUGACCACUACACUGUGGAUGUGGUGGUUGCAUAUUUUAUCACUACACGCCUCUUUUGGUGGUACCACACCAUGGCCAACCAGCAGUCGCUGAAGGAGACAUCGCAGAGUAACCCGUUCUCGCGGGUCUGGUGGUACAGACUGUUCCAGUUCUUCGAGGAGAACGUCAGCGGGAUGGUUCCUCGUAACUAUCAGCUGCCGCUGUCGUGGCGGUCGCUGCAGUGGAGCCGCGGCGUGAAGUACAGCAAACUGGAGGUCCAGUGACCCAAAUCAUUUGAAAGCCGGCGAGGACUAUGACUUCCAAAAGUGCUGUUUCUCCCAGAGGAGGGCACGGUUCAAUGUAGCGCUGUCCUUUCACCUCUAGGAAACAGACCCUGUCCAAAUGGGUAGCACUGUGACCCACUUAGUAUAUUUUUUUCUGUUUGUGUAUAUAUAUUUUGUUUCUCUUGUCCUCUUUCUCUUCUGGUAGUAUCCGUCAACACAGAGCACUAAUUUAUAUUUGUUUUGUGUCUUCCUCCUCGUGGGUCACAGUUUACGAAGCAUUUCGUCAAACUACUAAAACUCAAAGAUUUUUGGCCUCAAGGACUCAAAAACGUUUUUUUCUCUGCACAAAACCAUAGUUAAUGUCUUCAUGUUCUUACAAGAUUUGUUUAGUGCAAAUGGUGUCAAUCAAAUGCUGAUUUGAUAAGCAAAAUGCCAUAAGCACGUUUUUGUUGUUUUCCUUUUAUAGCGAAUUACUUUUUGUAAACGGUCCUUGCUAAAAUGAGUCAAAGGUGCAAAAAAUAAUUUUUUUAAGUAUGUCAAACUUUAUUUUUCAAAAACAAAUGAUGUCCAACAAAAGAUUUUUAGAUUUUUACCUUUUUCAAGAUGGAUAACUGAGAGCAUAAGAAUCCGAUGUGGUGUAACAUUAUUCCAGUGCCUUUCUUAGCUUGAUUGUAAAACAGUUCAAGUACUAUGUGUCUUGUGUCUCUCGGCGAGUACGAGGCGGUACUUAGUUAACAGUCUCGUUCCCAUGAAUGUAAAAUCAACUACGCCAGCCUUACCAGAAAAUUGGUUUUCCCAAAAUUCAGUGCAGUGAGUGAUAUGUCCCGUUUAUUUAUUGAUGCUUGACAAUGUCUAUUCGUGCUUAGUUUGUUAAUGCAGAAAAAUGACUGUUAAUUGUAUUUUCUUUUUUUAAAUGUCAGUAUAAUUUAAAUUUACCAAUCAGUCUUCAACCAGCACCAGCCAUGUUGAAAGCCCGAUCAUUGAUGUUCAGUUGUAUGCUGGGUUUACUUUCCACCACUAGUUAUCUGCUAAGAAUCACUGCCUGGUUGGAGAAUGAAGACGUGUCUCAGGCGCAGAGUGACGUUUCUCUGCUCCUCGACAUGUCUUUCGCAUCAUAGCAGCGUCUCUUGCUCAGUUAAUGAACCCCACGCUUGUUCCCCACAUUGAGUCCCAUUUUAGAUCCUGAAUGAUCUCCAUUACUGUCUGGUCUUGUAACCUCUGUGGUGGUGAGGAGAUCUAGAGGAUAAUUGUGACCUGAGUUUUGGGAAUGUCAAAAAACAGAAGCUUCAGGUAAAGUUUCUGAGCAUGUCUGUAAUCUCUACGGUUUAUCUCCGACUAAAUCAAGCUGCUAUCUUCCAGUUUUAAGACGGUGUAUGUUCUACACUGCUUCCUUUUAGUGCUACGCCAAAUCUAGAAGUAGCUAACACUCAACGUGGAACCUGUGUGUGGGGAAGAAGCUGAAGCAUGACGCACAGAGCUGGUUUGACCCGGGCCGUUUCUCAUUGUCGAGUAAAGCUGCUGCAGAGCCACUAUUUCAAGUAUACUACGUCAUCGAGUGGCGCCGAAUGCUGGGCAUUUAAACAGUCCUUCGGCGCCACUCGAUGACGUAGUAUACUUGAAAUAGUGGCUCUGCAGCAGCUUUACUCGACAUUGAGAAACGGCCCCUGUGUGUGUGUGUGUGUGUGUGUGUGUGUGUGCAGGAAAACACUGAUUUCCAUGAAUGUGAAAAUGCGUCCUUAUUGAUAAUCCUAACUAUGUUGAAUUUUGUUUUGCUUUGUGUAACUAUGACUGAACUGUAUAGAAUAAGUAUUGCACAUGUUUAUCUAUAGAGUGAAAGAUUGUGGAAUUUCAAAUUAAACUGAUAAGCUUUGAGGAAGAAAAACUGCACUAAGCUUUAGAUUAUACAAAUCCCAAAUAAAUAAUAAUUAUGUGUCUUUCUUUGAGUUUUCAAAAGAAGAGCGCGAGUAUAAGAUUAUUUCAAAGAGUCUAAUUCAUUUAAAUGCCAGCAAGAGUCUUAAUGUUUAAGACAAAUGACAGUCCAGGCGUACCCUCCUUCCUUUACAAUCAUUUCACUUUAACAGAGAACGGUUUCUCUUUAAGAGCACAGCAGGUUCCUCACAUUCGGCUUCGUUUUGCUUUCAGAUAGUGUCUGAAAUAUCAGCCCUAACACGGCUCUCUGAUAAUGUUUCGAGAGCUUUGAUAAGGAUGAAGGUUGACGUUUUUUUGUAUUUUAGUUUGCCAAUCAAGUAGGUUUUUUUUAAACGUUCGUCAUCCUAUAUGUUCCUCUGUAAACUUCUCACCCAUGUUGUCCUUUUUUUGUGCGUAUACCAGAUGUUUGUAAGAUAUGAUAAAGGAUUGUACUUGGGACGCUUUUGAAUAAAACCUUUUACUAAAAUGUA